GCCGUGCUGCAGCUGCGCGAGACCGUCGUGCAGCAGAAGGAGACGCUGGGAGCGCAGCGCGACGCCAUCCGCGAGCUCACGGGCAAGCUGGCGCGCUGCGAGGGGCUGGCGCGCGGCAAGGCGCCGGGCAGGGCGGCCGCGGGCAAGGACGCCACCAUGGGCGACCUGCCGCGCGACCCGGGCCACGUGGUGGAGCAGCUCAGCCGCUCGCUGCAGUCGCUCAAGGACCGGCUGGAGAGCCUGGAGCACCAGCUCCGAGGGAACGUGUCAAACGCGAACACAGUGCUCCCCAGUGAUUUCCGAGAGGUGCUCCAGAGGCGGCUCGGGGAGCUGGAGAGACAGCUGCUGAGCAAGGUGGCCGAGCUCCAGGAUGAGAAGUCCCUGCUCCACAAUGAGACCUCAGCGCACCGGCAGAAGACCGAGAGCGCCCUGAAUGCCCUGCUGCAGAGGGUGACCGAGCUGGAGCGAGGCAACAGCGCGUUUAAGUCUCCGGAUGCCUUCAAAGUGUCUCUCCCUCUGCGCACGAACUACCUGUACGGCAAGAUCAAGAAGACACUGCCCGAGCUGUACGCCUUCACCAUCUGCCUGUGGCUGCGCUCCAGCGCCUCCCCCGGCAUCGGCACCCCCUUCUCGUAUGCGGUGCCCGGGCAGCCCAAUGAGAUCGUGCUCAUUGAGUGGGGCAACAACCCCAUCGAGCUGCUCAUCAACGACAAGGUCACCCAGCUGCCCCUGUUUGUCAGUGAUGGCAAGUGGCACCACAUCUGCGUCACCUGGACAACGCGGGACGGCAUGUGGGAGGCCUUCCAGGAUGGGGAGAAGCUGGGCACCGGCGAGAACCUGGCCCCCUGGCACCCCAUCAAGCCAGGGGGUGUGCUAAUCCUUGGACAGGAGCAGGACACAGUUGGCGGCAGGUUUGAUGCCACCCAGGCGUUUGUGGGGGAGCUCAGCCAGUUCAACAUAUGGGACCGGGUGCUCCGGGCACACGAGAUUGUAAACAUCGCCAACUGCUCCAGCAACAUGCCGGGUAACAUCAUCCCUUGGGUGGAUAACAACGUGGAGGUGUAUGGAGGGGCCUCCAAGUGGCCUGUGGAGACCUGCGAGGAGCGGCUGCUGGACUUAUAG